GUUCUCUUCCGUUUGUUCCGGAUGCGGAUGGACGCGAACAUGGCGGCUGAGGGAGAUGUGGAUCUGGACCUGGAGGCGGAGGAGAAUUGCACCGGGAAGCCGACAGAAAAACCACGCAAGCACGACAGCGGGGCUGCUGAUUUAGAAAGAGUCACCGAUUAUGCAGAAGAGAAAGAAAUCUCAAGUUCUGACUUGGAAACGGCCAUGUCCGUGAUUGGCGACAGGAGAUCCAGAGAACAGAAGGCAAAACAGGAAAGAGAAAAAGAAUUGGCCAAAGUUACAAUUAAGAAGGAGGACGUAGAGCUCAUUAUGGCUGAGAUGGAGAUUCCACGCGGCGUGGCCGAGCGCAGUUUGAGGGAACACAUGGGGAACGUUGUGGAGGCUUUGAUUGCACUGACCAACUGAACUGUUAAGACCCAGCUGUGACCGGUAGCAUGGGCAUCGGAGUGCCUCUUUCUCAGCAGUGACUCUGCUUCACACUGAAAUCUGUUCUCUGUAAUAAAACAUCUUUCCUGUUCACCAACGCAGUUCAGCCAUGUCCACCUCUCAGCUUUUGUAAAGACUUCCUUAAUUUUUAGUAAAUUUUUUUGUACAAAUAUUCAAUGUGUGAAUAAGACCAAGGCAUGUCUUGGAAUUAAUCUUCCUGUUAUAGUAAUUUAUUCACAAUUACAUCUAAGAUUUUUACAAAGGUCAAAAUGAGCAGAACAAAAUUCUGUAAAGGAAUCCAUCAGAUGUACAAAAGUAAAAUGCAAUAAACCAAGAUUUGUUGCCA